AUGAUGACGGGGACAAGUUAUUAUAGCUUACUUGAUUGCUAGAUCUGUGAAAAGAAAACCAGCAGCAUCUCAGACCCGCAAUUGUCGAGACUCUUUGACUUUUUAUCUGGCUGCCCAAAGCUUAUCAAACCCGACCAUCGCGGGGAGACUCCAGAGGGACAGACAAAGCAGCAAGAAACUACAUUCCGAUUUCAAUCAUGGACGAGCCUACGGACUAUAACCAAUUCAUAGCACAGAUCUCUGUAAAUCUCAAUAAUGCACUAAAUACAUUCGGUGCUUCGUCGCCCCAAUUCCAGAAUAUCUUGAAUAUUCUGAAAGACUGUUUGAAAGAAAUGGACAAUGACAGAGCGCGCAGGUCGAGAGCUCUAGAUCCCGACAUGUUGAGCAUCGCCAUGGGCUUUCUGGAACUGGGAAACUAACCAACAUGGCGAUGUUGAAGACCAUCGUUAUUAUCUGCCUAUCCGGGCAGUGGGUGCCUGCAUCUCUUUGAGUCGGACC